CAUUGUCGAGCUGCAUUGAGAGCAUCAUGGAGAAUGCCAUCACAUGUGGUGUUCUAGCGGAUAAUGAUACACGACUCUCUUCAAUUCAUACGCAGUAGCCCUUCAUAUGGAGCAUAUUCGUAUUACAAAAGUUCCGGGGGUGAAGUUGGAGAAGGGACACAAAACCUUUGUCGGGACACUACACGUCCUUGCACAUCACCUACUUUUUUGCCCUGACGACACCGAAACAGAAAUAUGGAUCAGUUACUCCACUAUUCAGGCCGCCGACCGCAAAUUCCCCACCCCAACCGGCCUGCAUCCGAUCUGCAUUACAUGUCGCCAUUUCUUCUUUGUUAAGCUUUUUAUUGCGAGGGAACGCGACGCCACAGACGUUUUUGCUAGCUUACAGAGGUUGAUGAAUGUUUCAUCAAUAGAGCAGCUAUAUGCUUUUUCAUACAAACCUAUUAGACCCUUUGGGUCGAACAAAGGUUGGAGGAAAUAUGAUCCUUACCGAGAGUUCGAGAGACUGGGAGUCGGGACAAGAACUGAUCAAUGGAGAUUCACCACGUUAAAUGAAGCAUAUGAGUUUUGUUCUACAUACCCCAGGUGUUUGGUUGUACCGGCUAAAAUAAGUGACAACGUGCUGCGAUACACUGCUAGAUUUCGGAGUAAAGGACGCAUACCCGCAUUGAGCUACUUACACCGAACCAACCUGGUUUCAAUAACUCGCUCCAGCCAGCCAAUGGUUGGUCUUAAACAGAAUCGAUCAAUUCAAGACGAGAAACUAGUUGAAGCCAUAUUCGCCAGCACCACUCUCCCUUCUCCAAACGCAUCGCAAAAUCUUAUUAUUGAUGCGCGGCCUACCGCCAAUGCGAUGGCGCAGACGGCUCUCGGAGCUGGAACGGAGAGCGUUGAUAACUAUCGAGGAUGCAAGAUUUCCUUUUUGGGUAUUGACAAUAUUCAUGUUGUGCGAGAUAGCAUGAAUAAGGUUAUUGAAGCGAUGGCUUCUGCGGAAAGUGGACCUGUACCACGGGGCUUGCUUGACAAAUCUGGAUGGCUGAAGCACAUUCGCAAUAUUUUGGAUGGAACACUCAUGAUUGUCCAGCAUGUUCACCUACAUAAUAGCCACGUGCUUGUCCACUGCAGCGACGGGUGGGACAGAACUGCGCAGCUUUGUUCAUUGGCGGAAAUUUGUCUGGACCCUUACUACCGCACGUUCGAAGGACUAGCGGUCCUUCUGGAAAAGGAGUGGUUAUCAUUUGGGCAUAAAUUCCAGGAUAGAUGUGGCCAUCUCUCGCGAGAUCAUAGUGUCGUCACGGAUCGCACCUCCGUGAGCGCACAAUUUCAAGCCGCCAGACGGAACGUCUCAAACUCGAUCACAUCAGCUGCCAAGAGUUUCUUGAGCAAGAAUUUUGGAGGCGGCUUAGAUGGUGGGGUUAGCUUCAGUGGGUCAAAUCGGGCGGUGUCAUAUCCUGGUGGGAUGUCGGGACAAGGUGGGACGCCUCCGCCGACUAAUCCGUCAUCACAACCACAUUCUUUAACGUCAUCUGAGGUGUCGAUCCCGAAUACUGUCCACCCUCGAGAGGUCGCACCCGUAUUUGCACAGUUUCUCGACUGCCUGUACCAGCUUUGGACUCAGUUCCCAACACAUUUCGAAUAUUCGGAACGUUUGCUCUCAGCAUUGCACCUGCAUGUGUACUCUUGUCAAUUUGGAACAUUUUUGUUUAAUUGCGAACGAGAGCGACGCAGUUAUGUGGCGCCUGGAAGCAAAACCAUUCAGGAAGCCACCUACUCGAUUUGGGACUACAUUGAAGCGAACCGUGACGAGUAUGCAAACCCACAUUACAUAUCACCUGACAAUCGGCGGAAACAGGGUCGGGACCGAUUAGGUUCUGGCAUGGGUCUUGCGGUGGGAAGUGCCGAAGGGGCACCUGGGACCGUGAGUCCUGAUGGAGAGGUUCUAUAUCCUAGUUCGGCGAACCUGAAGUAUUGGGUUGGUUUAUGUUUGAAGGAGGGACAAGAUGAGAUGGAGAAAGACAUGGUAGAUAGUGAGCUUAGGGAGAGGGAAGAGUCAGAGCGAACUGGUGGGCCUGAGAACGGUAAAGGAGAGUCGUUGAAUCCGUGGGAACAAGACGAUAUGCCUGAAGGAAACGACGAAGAAUCUGAUGUUUUCGUGGAACCGGGAGACGAGAGUGAACCGCCUGUUGAGUCAAUGAAUGACAAAGCUACAUUGACGUCUCCACUGGAGCUGCCGCAAGGAUAUGGAAUCUAUCCGCCUAUCCCGAAACUUAUUGGUGGCGGGAGUGGUAAGCAGACUGAGAAGGAGAUGGGACGAAUUUCGAUGGCAAAGGAUGAAGGAAAGGAUAAGUCGGACGUAGCGGAUCUUCCGCAUCCCCUUUGGGAUCCGGACCUUGGAUGAAAGCCUCGGAAGGGCUCUCACUAUAUGUAUCUUGUGUAAGAUCUUUUUCGGCGCCUACCUGGAAAUAGAAAUGAACUUUAGAUGUGAAAUUCUAAAUCCUAUCAGGAACGGUUUUAUACAGUCAACCAUGGCACGAUGUACGUACCAAGGUCCCUUCCUGCAAACGGCUGAGUCUCUGUAUCCCAUUUGUUUGUGUGCCACAUUUUUGCCGAUGAACAUGCUUGUUGCAGGAUGCCUGAUCAUCAGGACCUGGAUUCAGGAGCUCCCCAUCUUUUGUGGUAAUUUACUCCUUUAUUUGCCGGAAAUAACUGGAAUUGUAACUCUUUCAACUGGA